GUUUAUCAGUGCUUCAGUUUUUGUGUUUAUAGUAAUUGUCGUAAAUUUAUGUAAUUUUUAUUAAAUGUGAUUGUAAUUGUAAUUUAAAGCAAUGUCGGAAGAAGACGAAAGUUACUGUCGUCUAUGCGCAGAACCAACACCCGCGGAACAAUUAAUACAAAGCGAUGGGGAUGUUGGUAAAAAUUCUAAAAUCUCCACAAAAAUGCUUUGGAUUAACGUUAAAAUUAAUAAUUCACUGCCUACUGCUAUAUGUUUUGCUUGUUUCGACAUGUUGGAGCGUACCUGGCAGUUCCUACACAACGUGCGCUGCGCACAGCAGAAAUUGAACGACAUUUUCUGUAAAAAAACCGAAAACGAUUCCUCCACACCUGAAAUCAAAACUGAUAACUCUAUAGACGCUGGGAAGCCGAUCAAUAAGGAUUGGGAAGACUUCCAGGAUACGAAAUUGGAGGCAAAAGACGAAUCUCCUAUCGACAGUCUACAGAUCAUUACAGUUGAUCCAAAUUCCCUAAUGGAUGUUGAUUUGAACAUAGUUAAGGCUGAACCUGACAGUGAGGAUGAUGUAGAACUUAUAGGUGAUGGGUUCGAUUCCACAGACAGUGAUAUACCACUCCAAUUGUCUGUGAAGAAGAAGAAAUUGAAGAAAACCAAAAAAGUAACGGAGAAGGUAACAAAUGAAGAUGAUAGAGAUGAUGAGUUAAGUUGGGAUAACUAUAUGUGUCGGUGUGCAAACUGUGACGCCCAGUGUAAAAACAUGUCAUUGCUAAGAUUGCACUCGUUGCAUAUACAUUCCUGUUGUUGUGUCUUCAAAUGCUCGGACUGUGGUAAAGUAAUCGGCAGCUUUAGGACUUUCGUGAACCAUGUACGGAUACAUAAUAAAAUAUUAAGGUAUUACUGUGAAUUCUGCAAUAAACGUUUCACACGAUCUGCAUACACGAAGAAACACCGAAACAACGUUCACCGAGAUGCGUUCCUAACGAUGUGUGGUAACUGUGGUGCAUCAUUUGAUACACACGAACAGUUAAAAGACCAUAUUCUAAUAUACUCGAAGAAUUUGAAGAAGAAAUCGUUAAAACACAAAGACGUGGAGACGGACUUGAAAUGCGACCAUUGUAGUAAAGAAUUUAAAUCUAGAAGUAAUUUAGUCCAACACAAACUCGUUCAUACUGAGCGGAGAAGGGAUUUCUCGUGCCAUGUGUGCGGCAAGAUGUUUUACACGAAAGGAACUCUAGGAACCCAUAUGAUGACACAUGAAGAUACAAAACCAUACAAGUGUGAGUACUGUCCAAUGGCAUUCCGUGCUCGUGGUAACCUCCAAUCCCAUAUAAGUCUACAUUCAGCUGCGAAGCCAUUUGUUUGCGAGCAGUGUGGCAAGAGUUUCCGAGUGAAACGUCACUUAAAGUCCCAUUCUAUUGUACAUACAGACUUAAUGCCAUAUGAAUGUGAAUAUUGCCAUAAAGCUUUCCGUUUUAAGACUCGGUUAAACUUACAUCUACGUCAGCAUACGGGGGCAAAGCCCUAUACUUGUGUUUACUGCCAACGAGACUUCACGAAUGGCUCUAAUUUUAAAAAACAUAUGAAAAGAAGACAUAAUAUUGAUACAUCACGGAAAAAAUACAAUAAUAUUGUGAGUGAAAAAAGCUUAGAUGGUAGCGAUGAAGUUAAUAGUAAUCAGACUUAAUAUAAGCUUUCUAAAUUAGAACUUAUAGCUAUUUUCAAAAUGUUUAAACUACUACAAACUUACUUAAAAGACAUCCAGGGACUAGAAACAUUACUAGAUAACGCCUCAGAGCUGACUCAUUGGACCAGCAUCAUGAAUUUAAAGGAAUACAAACGAUUUAAGAAAAAACAGUCAGAUUAGACUAAAAAACAUACACAAACAAACAGAAAAUUAUAAAAUUGAAUAUUUUAAAACCGUCAAAAUAGGUCCAGCCGUUUCAGAGAUUAGCAACAACAGACAUAUAACUAUAUACAAUGUGUACACUUUCAUAUGCAUUUAGUGAGAAGCUGUUGGUAUAAAAAUACAAAUGGACAGUUAAAUCUUAUUUAUUUUUAUAGAAAUUAUGUCUCAUCUACAAAUAUUUAAUUAAAUCAUCACAAUU